AGAUCAAAGUGUUUGGGAUAUUCAAAAGUGAGCAAAUAAAAGUGAAAUAAUUUUAAGCAAUGGACAAAAUCGAAUCGGUAUCCACGCCCAACGUCGACGUUUACCGCCGCCUGCUCGGCAAGGUCAUCUCGCAGCUCCUGCUGGACAAGGGGGCCGGCCAAUGCAGUGCACAGUGCCUGGAGACGCUCACGGAAAUGCUGCAGGCGUUUAUUUCGGAGUUGGGAAACUCGGCGCACAACUACUGCGAGCUCAGUGGGCGCACUAUGGCAACGGUGGGCGAUGUGAGCAUGGCACUCAUCAACAUGGGCCAGAACAUAGGCAGUCUGGAGAGUUACCUUCGCCGUGAACAGCAUGCGCCAAUUCAACUGCCGCCACAGCAGACACAACAGCGCACACUGAGCCUUCUACAGGCCGGCACCAAGGCAUCGCAUCCGCCCUAUGUCCCUAGCUACUUUCCACCCAUGCCAGAUCCGCAUGCCUACAUACGGACACCGACGCACAAGCAGCCGGUGACGGAGUACGAGGCGAUUCGGGAAAAGGCCGCCUGCCAAAAGCGUGACAUUGAGAAGGCCCUGACCAAGUUCUUGUGCAAGACAACUGAAACGAAUAAUCUGUUUCCCACUGAAGACAAUAUGUUUCCAUUAAUUGCGUGCAAUCCCUCGUUGCCGCCUUAUUACGCAGCCCUGAAUCCCACAGAUCAGGUCUUUGAUUUCGAGGAACUGGAGUAUCACUACUUGGUGGCAAAUCGAACAGAAGAUGCGCCUAGCAAAGAGGAUGGCGAUGAGGGUGACAGCGACAACGAAGAUCUCGAGGGAGAUAAAUCUAAGGAGGACAAGCAGGAGCUUGAGAUCAAGCCCAACUCCACAACCAACAAGGCCAUACUUGAGAAUCCGAACAUAGACAAUCCCUAUUUGCGCGCCGCCACCUUGCCCAAGCGCACCAAGCUCACUUCUUCACCGGCUACAGUCCCACCGACACGCAGUCUGUCCAGAGGACCUUCUACCCUAGCAAUAACCAAAGCUGCUUCCUAAGGUUGCAGCGUGCGCUCUGACUACACAUAAUUUACUAUUCUUAGAUAUACAAAUUAUAAUAUGAUAGAUCGAGGAAUCAAUCAGGCCUUUUCCGAUUAUUCUAGAUCUAUCUUUCAAAUGCCCAAACGCAUUUUCCACAACCCGCCUACCUAGCUGCGGAAAGGUUGUAAUUGCGACUGUGGCAAAUGUGUAUGGCUUUAUUAGCCUUUUAGAGAACCUAAAUGCCGAGUCCCCGAUCAGCAUUACAGGCACCUUCACUCCGAAAAUUUCCAUGGCUUUUUCUUGUAGCAAUGCCGAUGCUUCGAUCCGUUUGCCGAAGCUUGACUUUCGCACAUCGUGUCAUUGCACCUUCCUGCGAAGCCGAUAUUUACAUAAGUAAAUCUGUACCUACAGUGAAUAGAAAAUAAAUAAGUUACUUAAGUCCCUA